AUGACUGACAACCCAAUGACCCAGCCUGGGAAGAAGGAUGCUACUGUUUCCACAACAAUGGCAGCAAGGAGGGCACUCACAUUCAAGGCUGUGCCCAGUACCCAACAGGCCAGAGACCAUAAAGCCCAUCAAAAAAAGCUCACUGCCAAAUCCAAAAGCAAACAGACCACCAAAGCAAAGAAAGCAAAGAAAGCCAAGAUGCCGAGAAAAGAGAAAGAAACGAAAGCCAAACCUCUGAAAAAAGUACAGAAAACCAGAAAGUCAAAGCAGGAAAAGAAAGAGAACCCAACAGCCCCACCAUAUUUCCCUUAUUUCAAAGAGAACUACUGUCCUCCAGAGUGUGCUUGCUAUGGAAGGGUGGUGCAGUGUUCUGACAAGGGUAUUGAAAAGAUUCCCUAUGGAAUUCCCUACAACUCUCGCUACAUCUUGCUCAUGAACAACCGCAUCGACAGUAUACAGCUGGACCUGCUGCCAGAGUAUAUUCAUUUGGAAUUCCUGGUACUUAGUAACAACCGCUUAACUGAUGGUGCCAUUGAAGGAGCUUUUGAGGGCAUACAGGGACUGAAACGCCUCUAUAUGGAUCACAACCUCCUCCAGAGUGUUCCCACUGACCUGCCUUCCUCUCUAGAAGAGCUUCGUCUGGAUGACAACCAGCUAAGCGUGAUGUCUGAAGCGGCUUGGGGCCGCUGCUCGAAUCUGAUGGUCCUCAGCUUGAGUAACAACAGCUUGGGAAAUUUAUCUGACCCGUUACCUGCUGGAGUGCUCUCAUCAUUGGGCAGCCUGCGUACCCUCAACCUGAACCACAACCAGCUGGACUCUGUGCCACUCCAACUUCCACUCAGUCUCCAAGAGCUCUAUCUCCGUGGCAACCACAUCCAGCGUUUGCCUGCCAGUGUUUUUCAGGGUCAGACUAAACUCCUGGUGCUUGACCUCAGCGUUAACUGGUUGACAGACAAAGGUUUGGGUAAGGGGGUUCUGGCAAAAGCCUCACACCUGGAGAGCCUCAACCUGGAAGGCAACCGACUGAGGCAGGUUCCCCGUCACUUGCCUGCCUCGCUCAAGACCCUUAACCUGGAGGGAAAUGCCAUCUCCUCUGUGGGUAAGUCUGCCUUUCUGGGGCUGCCACAGCUGGAGCUUCUGGGUCUGGGAAAGAAUAAGAUCGCCCGGGUGGCUCCCACAGCGUUUCUCAGGCUCCCACACCUGCACCAGCUGGACCUGUCCCAUAAUAAUCUGCGACAGGUGCCGAGGAAGCUGCCUCCCUGGCUGCACACGGCCUCACUGGCCCAUAAUAAGAUCACAGAGGUGCCGCGAGACGCCUUCUGUUGGGGCAGCCCAAAACCACCUCUCAGCCGUCUUACGUCUGUACAGCUGGAAAACAAUCUGCUGGACAUGGGAGGUCUAAACGGCUCUGCAUUUCGCUGUCUUAGAGGAUUCCAGGUGGUCCAUUUCUACUGA